AUGGGCAUACGAAGGGCCCAGCUGUUGAUAAUAACACCUGCACCUUACAGACGAAAGGAAUCGAUUGUCUGGCUGGUGGCAGCUAUUGUUGGAUCUCCCAUGUGGUAUGUUAAGACUGUUGAAAUUAAGUAUGACUUUUUAUAUGAAAAAGAUGUGUGCUGCUUGGAAGAGUGGACCAGUCCUGUUCAUCAGAAGAUCUAUACUACGUUUACCCAUGUCAUACUCUUCCUCCUUCCUCUUGUGUUGAUGCUUUUGCUGUAUAGUAAAAUUGGUUAUGAACUCUGGAUAAAGAAAAGAGUGGGAUAUGCCUCAGUACUUCAGACCAUUCAUGGAAAUAAAAUGUCUAAAAUAUCCAGGAAGAAAAAGCGAGUGAUUGUGAUGAUGGUAACUGUGAUGGUGCUGUUUGCUGUGGGCUGGGCUCCUUUCCAUGUCUUUCACAUGAUGACUGAAUACAAUAAUUUGGAAAAUGAAUAUGAUACAAUCAAGAUGAUUCUUGGCAUUGUGCAAAUCAUUGGAUUUUCCAAUUCCAUCUGUAAUCCCAUUGUUUAUGCAUUUAUGAAUGAAAACUUUUAAAAAAAUUUCCUAUCUGCAAUAUGUUUUUGCAUUGUGAACGAAGACCGAUUUCCGACAAGACUUGGAAAUAAGGGAAUUAAUGGGAUGCAACAGAAGGCUAGCUAUUCCAGGAGGCAGAACUCUGAAGAGGAGACUAGAAGAGAAACAUUUAGUGGUGGCAAUACUGACGUCAAACUACAACUGCAGGAUGAUGAGCUCUGA